CCCACGCGCCCGCAGCCUGGCGGACAACUGUUGCGGCGGCGCGCGUGGGCAGCCCCGCGCCCCUGCAGGCGGCUCCCGCGGGCGCCGGCUCCCGGCUACAUAGCGAGGAGCGACCGGCGCGAGCACGAGGCAGCGCCGGACGGGUCAAUGCCAGCCGGAUGAUGACCAGUUGUGGCCAGCGGUCCCGGAACGUGCUCGCGGUCUUCUCCCUGUUGUUUCCUGCAGUCCUGUCCGCACAUUUCCGGGUCUGUGAGCCUUACACGGACCACAAAGGCCGCUACCACUUUGGCUUCCACUGCCCUCGGCUCUCGGACAACAAAACCUUCGUCCUCUGCUGUCACCAUAACAACACCGUCUUCAAAUACUGCUGCAACGAGACGGAAUUCCAGGCGGUCAUGCAGGCAAACCUCACAGCCGGCCCCGAGGGCUACAUGCACAACAACUACACGGCGCUUCUGGGAGUGUGGAUUUACGGCUUCUUCGUGCUCACGCUGCUGGUCCUGGAUCUGCUCUAUUAUUCCGCCAUGAACUACGAUAUUUGCAAGGUUUACCUCACUCGGUGGGGGAUCCAGGGACGGUGGAUGAAACAGGACCCCCGGCGGUGGGGGAACCCUGCUCGAGCCCCUCGGCCAGGACAGCCGGCCCCACAGCCGCAGCCUCCCCCUGGUACCCUGCCGCAAGCCCCCCAGGCCGUGCACACACUGCGGGGAGACACGCACAGCCCACCCCUGAUGACCUUCCAGAGCUCAUCCGCCUGAAAACCCUUUUGCUGUGCCUCAGGAUGGAGGAGGCUAGACCCAGAGCACCUGGUGCAGCCUCCAAGAGCAGCUUCAACCGAGACACGGGGGAGAGCUGGGGCAGCGGCGCAGUAAUGAAAGAGGAAGUACCACCUGUGCCCAGAACCCCCUUCUGUGAACUUCUGAGAUUAGGAGCAAACUCAGGGUCCGGGGACAGGGUGCAGGAAAGGGGCUCUGAGCCACCUGUCUGCAAGCAAUAGUUCUCUCUGGGGCUGGUGGCUUCUGAGAAGAGACUCCGUGUGGAUUGAGGUGACCAACACUAAGCUGCUCUGGCUGAGCUCAGCCAGAGGGAUUUGGGGCCAUGAGUUGUACCAUGGUCCAAACACUGAUGUUUCCCCUGCCUCCGCCCCCUCCAGUAGCGGCCCCCUUAGGCCUAUCCGUGUUGGAAUAUUGAACUUGAGUGUGUGCGCGCACGUGUGUGAUCAGGGUGUUUCUAUAUGUCCAGUCAGUCGGCAUUUCAUGGCGCCCUGUUGCCACUGGCUGCAGGUUCUCUGAUGAACACAAGAUGCCGUGUGGCUGAGAAGUCUUGCCCGUGUCCUCGUUUGAGGCUCAGGCCUCUUGCUGUGGCCAGCAACUGUGAACCGGUGGAGUCAGUAGGCACAGGGCCCAACCUUCCUGUGCGUGACACAAGCAGUGGGGGACUGGAGCGUACCAGUGACGGGUGGUUCUGGUGGAAUCUGUUCCCAUGGCAGCUGAAAUGAGGAGGCUGUGGGCGGCCUGGGUCGGAUGUGUUGUUGUGUGCACCGUCACAGCCCCUGGGAGGUGGGGGUGCUAAUGUCAUUGGAAAGAGUGAAGCUUGGGGAAGGGUGCCACAUUUAUAUGGCAGGAAGUGAUCAACUCUUUAGUUUGGCCCCAGAGUGACAAGAACCCAAGUCCAAGGUUUGAUUCCCAGGGUGUAACAAGCUCUAUAACCCAGGUCCCCCAGUGUGGUCACUGGAGCACAUGGCUGACAUUUUCCCAGUGAGUACAGCACCUCCCCAGCCCAGGUCCUCCUCUGUCAUUGUCUGAGCUCACACUGGCCACGUGCCUGCUGUGCACCAGGCCAGGCAGUGGUAAGGUCCAGAGGUGAGUGGGAGCUUCGAUUUGCCCUAGGGUGCCACACCUCGAAGGGAAGAAACCACACAGUCACUUAACAAUGGGGGUUUCCAAGUAAGCCUGGGUGCCUGUAACAUCUGCCCAAAGAGCUCAUUAUCUCUGCCCCCAAACCCACUGCCCUAGGGCACACAAAAGGAAGGACAUCCCCCAGAAGUGACCCUGUAAAUCUCCAGAGACCACAUCGGCAAUAUAGACAGGGCCACCUCACCCCUAUGAAGGAGGCCAAAGUGUCCCUGCCCUCAGCCUUGUGGCCCAUUCUUCCCGAAGCUGCAUCCUUCCUUGAUCAGUGCUGUCCCCACACAGGUUGGUGAUCUUCCCUCCCCACAUUGCGGAAAACAAUAGGCAAGGGCAGGAAGGAAGGGAGGGCCAGCGUGAAGGCACCCAUGAAGACCACAAAGGUCUGUCAUGGAGCCCGAGUGGGGCUUGGGUGGUUACAGAUGUUUAAGCCAGGGUCUAAACAGGAUCUAGAUAAGAGGAGUGUGUCCAGGAAAGUUGCCGCUGGUCCAGAGGCCGCAAGGUUCCUGCCUGUCAGGCUCCUAAAAGUAAAUAAUCCAGGAUGGCCAGGAGUGGCAGAGGUGAAGGGAUGGAUCCACAUGCAGGUCUCCAUGGUUACUGUACUGGAUCUCUGUGGUCACCAUAAUGGCAUCCACACAAUGUGUCACCACUGGCAGUGCUCUGUUCUAGGACAUAAAACUCUUUCCACGCUGGCAGGUUCUUCAUUCUUCAGCCCACAUGAGGGAGGGAUGGCCCCAUUUGUAGGCACGCAAGUUGUCACUCUGUCGGCUCUAGAGGCCUAUUGGGCCCACUGGCCUCUGUCUCUGCACCCAGUCUAUUUCUCUCAGACACACUGCUGGGUUCUACACACACCCAGGAGAGCCUCUGCAUGCCUCUUGAUUAAAGAUGGGCGUGGAUCCUCUCUCACAUCCUAGGGUGUGGGGCAGCCAUUGCCCUGGCGGGUUCUUAGCAGUGGACUGGCUGGAUCAGGUCACACUUAACACCUCAAGGAAGAGCUUCUGCUGGGAAAAGGAUUCGGGAGCUACUAAGAUAGAGGUUCUGAUAGCACCUGAGCAACGCGAUCACAGGCCCUCCUGCCUCAGUUUCCCCAGUACCAAGAGGAAGGAGUCCUACCGGAUGUUGAGGCGACUUCUGGUCUGGGGUGGCUCUGGGUGACACUCUCGAAGCUGCUUGCACAGGGCUCAGAUCUACUUCCUCUGUGAAGGCUCCUUCCUCAGACACAGGAAGGGUCAUGGCCAUGCAGAUAGCAGGGUACUGGGUGGGGGUGGAGGUCCCCAUCAGAGGCCUCUUAGGGAAUAGCUGAAGGUCCUCAUGAAGUGUGGCUGGAAUCUGCUGGGAUGCAUCUCUCAUGUGUGUGUCCGAGGCUGAGUAACUAGACACUGUCCAGGACACAGGAGUCCCCCCCAAGGACAACACAGCCUUUGACUUAGCAGGCCCUGGGGACCCUGUUCCCUCCCAGCUGGUUGACCCUGGCUCCACCACCACCAAACCUCUCUGAGCCGCCUCUCUCUUCAGUUGGCAAACCAGGGUUAGAGGUCAGGGUCAUAGCCAGUGCUGCCUCCAGAGCUACUGGAAGUAAGAGCUGUGUCCGUGUGGGUGUGAGCACCCAGGUGGGCUGCAGAACCCCAGGUAGCCAUGAUGAAAAUUUGUCCCCUGCCCCUGGUGUCUGUGGGUGACAGAUAUGCCAAUGAAUAGCAUGUCCUGAAAGGAUACAGAGUAGAGACAUGGUCCCGAACAGUUGUUGAGCUGUGUCGCUGCCAAGCUUCCCCACUGUUGUCUCCUCCAGCUGCAUCUGACCUCUUCUUCCCGUGAGCCUUGGGCUACAGACAGCACAUGCUGGCAGCAACAAGUAGCCACAGGAGGCAGAGAAGCUGCAGACAUGGUGUGCCCACGGAGGGGCAUGGAAUGUCCUUGUGUCUGUCUGGCUUUUUCCCAGUGGGAACUCUAUGUCCCUAGUGAUCAGUGUUACACCCUGUCAUCUGUGAGCUUUAGAGCCUCCAAUCAGAACUCCUCCCUGGUUGACUGUACUCACCAAGGAAAUGGCUUGCUCAUCCCCUGUGGAAGUGGCCAAGCAUCUGAUGGUGACUGUGACCAGUAUGCAACAGGCCUUAAUCCAAAUAGAAGCGUGUGCACAUGCACACACACACACACACACACACACACACACACACAGGAAACGCACAUGUAUACACACAUAUA